GCGGCAGCAGCGCGGUGUGCAGACCCACUGAGGGUGGCGGGGUGCUGAGGAGAGGACGGAGAAGCAGCAGCAGCAGCAGAGAUGGACGCACACCUCUGAAGCACAACGCACCCUCCUGUCAAGCAUCACGGACUAGUUGGCUUUCCUGGGUUUUUUUUGCGCUUGGUGCCCAGGUGGAGUGGAGCCACCAGAACGCACGAGCGGGGAAGGUUUUUAGUUUCAUUCCGACGCUCAUCCAGUCCAGUCCCGCACAGUCUCUCACCUGCACGGCCGGUGAGGAGCUCCGCUGUCACAGUCAUGCAUCCAAAUAAGUGCUUACCUGAACUGGUGGCGGAGAAAAACACCCUGGACCCCUCUUUUGUGCACGCGUUGCGUCUGCUUGCAGAAGAGAUUGAAAAGUAUGAAGGCGACGAUUUGAGGAAAGAUGGCGACAUAAAGAAAUACCUAGAUAUCAUCAGCAAUAAAAAUAUCAAGCUCUCCGAAAGAGUUCUCAUUCCAGUGCAACAGUAUCCAAAGUUUAAUUUUGUUGGGAAGCUGCUGGGACCACGGGGAAAUUCCAUGAAGCGAUUGCAGGAGGAGACUGGGGUGAAGAUGUCCAUCCUCGGCAAAGGGUCCAUGAGGGAUAAAGGCAAGGAGGAAGAACUGAGGAAAAGUGGGGAGGCCAAAUACGCCCAUCUGAGUAAUGAUCUGCAUGUUCUAAUUGAAGUCUUCGCUCCACCUGGAGAGGCCUAUUCCCGCAUGAGUCACGCCUUGGAGGAGAUAAAAAAAUUCCUAGUUCCAGACUAUAACGACGAGAUCAGACAGGAGCAACUGAGAGAGCUGUCCCUGCUGAACGGCUCCGAAGAGUCGAGCAGAGGGAGGAGUGCACAGGGGAGGAGCGCACGGCCGGCAACCGCAAUAUCCACAAGGGGCCACAGAGGAACAGGGAGGAGUGCAGCAGCAGCAGCAGCGGCACCUCGGGGGACAGCGGCAGCAGCGGCACCGCACAGCAAACUUCCCACGACCGGUUUAACGAGGGAGGUACAAGCGCCGAGAGCCAGGGGGGCGGCGGGGAGUGCUGCAUACAGGGUCCCGCUGUUAGCAGUCACACAUGAAUCAUAUGAUGACUACGGCUACGAUGAUGGAUAUGGAGGAGAAUAUGACGACGAUAGUUACGAGGCCUAUGAGGAUAACUACAGCAACCAGUCAAAGAGCAUUUCAGAUUACUAUGAAUACGGACUUGCGACCAGUGAUGAAGCCUACAACAACUAUGAGGAGGAGUGGCCGACCGCCCGUCCCAGUCUCAAAGCCCCAGUUUUACGGCUGACAAGAGGGGGCUACAGGAAACAUCCCUAUGAUGAAGAACGAUGCUGUAGAGUGAUCUGGUCACAGAAGAGAAGAAUAUAACACUUACAUUUGGCAUCUAUUGCACAUCUGUCCGUCCUGGGAUCUCUCACAC